AUGACCCCCAUUGAUUGGUUAACAGCUCAGCAAGCAAGAGAGAAAGUUAGGCUUUCAACUCUCUCAAUUGUUAGUGAUAAUACUGAUGGUUUAGGAAUAGAUGACCUUCUUGCAGAUAUUAGCAAUAUUGAACUUGAUGAUCUAGAACCUACAUAUUUAAGAGAAAAUACUGAUCUCAAGCCAGCUAGAUAUAAAGUUGCUUACAACAUACUUCAUGUUGGUGAUGAGUUCUUAGUUAGUUAUUACUUCCUAUAUACUUUUAGAGGAUUACCUUUCUACUAUCUAGAUAUUUCUAUGAUUCACAAUGAAAUAGUUAGCAGCACUCAUACACUUAUCAAAGUACUGGUAAGUAGUCCAUUUGGUGAAUGUAUUGCUUCUGUUAUUGGCCAACCAAAUCAAGAAGUGGUGCUUAAAGUAACUAGAAUUCAUAAUCGUAUUAUCCAUACUGAGAGGAUCUAG